UAAUAUUUCAACUCCAUCAAGAAAGACUCACGUCGCCACCUGCUCUUUGUCCGCAUACUCUUUGUUUCAACGAUUCCCUUCUCAAAGAGAAAAACAUGUUGAGCAACUGUGAUCAUGAGAAGAUGGCUCUACUCAUCUCUUCAACUACUAACGAAUGGCCACAGUUGCAGCAGGACAUUCAAAUCGAUGAUAUUCAUCAUCAAAAGGGCUUGAAUAACAACAACAAUAACGUUAGGUCUUCAUCCACGUCUUCGCCGGCGAAUCGGGUAAUGGAGAAACCAGGUCAAGAACAACUCCAGCUCCAACAGCAAGCCCUAAAGUGCCCUCGCUGCGAUUCGUCAAACACCAAGUUCUGUUACUACAACAACUACAGCUUGUCCCAGCCGAGGCACUUUUGCAAGGCCUGCAAGCGCUACUGGACCCGAGGUGGGACCCUCCGCAACGUUCCGGUCGGUGGAGGUUGCCGAAAGAACAAGCGCGUAAAGAGGCCCGGCUCAACAUCCUCAACAUCGUCAGCCAUGGAUGGAGGAGCUACUUCUUCUUCCUCUUCAGUUCCUAGCACUACUGCUGCUGCUAAUAAUAAUUCAAACCCUAAUUCACAACCAUCCCACAUCGAUCAAAUCAAUCCGCUGUUUUAUGGGUUGUCUAGUAACCCUUUUAUGGAUACUGCUUCAGGGUUUGAUCUUCAUCAGUUGAAUCAUCAGGCUCAGCUGGGAUUAGGGUUUUCAUCAUCGUCAGGUACUAAUAUGAUGUCCAGUGAUAAUUAUCGAAACCGGUUUAAUCCUGCUUCGAGUUCAUCACUUCCUUCCAAUUAUAGUUCCAUGUUUAGUGCUUCCCCAUCCACCACAGUUCCAACUAUGGCUUCUGUGCUUGCUUCUAAAUUCAUUAAUGGCGGUGCUUUCAAAGAUAUUCAAGCUAGAGGGCCUCAUCAGCAAAACCAGUACUUCCAGUCCUUACUACCCUUCGAAGAUCUUCAAAUAGCGGCAGGAAACAACGGCGAGGUUGGUGGUGCCGCGAAAGACGUGAAAGUAGAAGAUCAUAAUGGCCAAAACAGGUUACAGUGGAAUAAUAACAAUGGUAGCAGUAAUGUGAAUGGUAAUAUGAAUUGCCAGAAUCAGAUCUCGGAGCAAAUGGGGCUAUCAGAUCCUACUCCUUACUGGAACUCAUCGACUCUCGGUUCUAAUUGGCAUGAUCCAGCAAAUCUUGGGUCCUCGGUCUCUUCACUGAUCUAGCAAAAACCCAACUUCAUCCUCAACCUUAUUUUUCGAUCUCAAAUCUUCCUUUUACCUUAAUUAGAGUAAUUUUUAGGGUUUUUUUUAGUUGGUUGGUUAUUGGUUUUUAGUGAAUUGGAGUGUGGUUUUAGAAAAGUUAAAGGAAAAAAAAAACAAAAAAACUCGAAAAACAAAAAAUUGGAAAAAGAAAGUUCAUGGGUACAGUAUUGGAAAGAAGAUGGCAGGAGCUGGGAUCGGAGUGAUCAUGUCAGCAGCAAUAAGAGAAUCAGCCUCUUGAUAAGUUUUAUUAAUCAAGGGUUGACAAUGCCCCCUAAUUUGCGCUGAGAGGAACCUCGGAUCUUCUUCGUCUCACUGCCUCGAGUACUAUCAACGAUCGUUAUGAUCAUAAUCGUAAUCAUCAUCUUCUACACAGAGCUGAAGUCUCCCCCUCCUUUGGUGCAAACAGCUUCCUCUCUAGUUCAGUAAGUUGGUGUGUUUAUUUGGUGUAUGUAUAUAUCUGCAUGACAAUGUUUCCUAAUUCCCAUAUGUGUUGGUUAUAAUUAGCUAGGUUGGGGUUGGUGGGUUUACUAUCUAUGAUCAGAAGAACUGAUUUUUUUUAUUCUUAUUUUGUUCUUG